GUCUGGAACCGAGGCUAACACAAUGGCGACCACACGGCUCUCGUUUAUUGUCGCAUUGCUUCUCUCACUACUCGUUCUGUUAGUAUUUCUGACGCACUUCAAUCAGAAGGAGAAACAGAAUCCGUCGCUUCUCUCAGCAAUCCACGAAGUCAUUCGUACGAGAGCUCGAGAUAAAGUCUCAUAUACACAUUUCAACCAAUCACGUGACGUUAAGAAUGAGGUGACGUCAGACGUACUUGCAAGUAAUGAUGCAGCAAAGGUUCGUCCUGACUUUAGCAAAGUACAAAUGUUGCUUCUCUUUAUUGGGUAUCCACGUAGCGGUCACACUCUUGUGGCAUGUCUUCUUGAUGCUCAUCCACACGUUAUGUUAUCAAACGAAUACAAUCUAAUCCACAAGUGGCCAGAGCUUAGCGACUUGCAGAAGAAUAGAGAAUUCUUGUUUAGUGAAUUGUACGGGAAUGCUGUGGGAUUUGUUGCCAGUGAUGCACAUAAAAGAUCUGAUGUGAAAUCAGAGGUGGGUGGGAAGGUACAACACAAGGUGACUGCAGUGUUUAACUACUCGGUGCCGCAUCAAUGGAAUGGACAAUAUGAUGAGUACAUUCAGGUGAUUGGUGACAAGAAAGGUGGCGGUACAACAAGAGCGUUUGAAAGUUUCCGGCAUAAGUUUAACAUCAAAGAUAUAGCAGAAGUUAUGGGUGUGCCAAUUCGUUUCAUACACGUCAUUCGUAACCCAUUUGACAACAUCGCAACGAUGGCAAUUCGAUCUGUGACAACAAGGCAAUUCAUAUCAGAUGGAGGCGUUCUAAACGACAGUGACACCCUCAAGUCUGAAGUUAAACACUACUUCAGUCUUGUCAACAUCAACAGACAGUUACACAGCAUCCUUCAUGUCAUGGAUGUCCACAGUGCCGACAUCAUCGAGAAUCCCGAGAAAACGUUGUUGAGAAUUUGUGAGUUUCUAGAAAUCGAGUGUGACGAGAAAUAUUUGCGAGAUUGUGCAAGCAUUGUUUUUCCAAGUCCGUCGAAGACACGAAACAAUGUGGUGUGGCCACCCAAGGUCAUUAACGAAGUCUACUCACAUAUGAGGAAAUACAAUUUUUUGACUCGAUAUAAUUUUAUGAGUAACUAAAUUUGGAGUGUCCAAUAAUUUCAGAUUUAAUGUGAAGAAUUUAUUGAUAUUGAUGUGUCAG